AUGUUCAUGGAUAGAGGAACUUCGGAUGCCGACUUGUGGACGCUAUCCCAAGGACCGAAUGAACCGCUUCGGGAUUACAUGGCAAGGUUCAAGGCGGUCGUAUCCAAAGUAGAUGGAAUCAGCGACAAGGCCGCACUCGAAGCUCUGAAGCGGUCCUUGUGGUACAAAUCUGAAUUCCGAUGGGAAAUGGCCCUCAACACGCCACAAACGAUUCAAGAUGCCUUACAUCUGUCGUCAGAUUUUGUCGUGAACGAAGAAGAGAUGAAAAAUCUGGACGAGCAGUACGAAGCGACGAAAGCAGCGAUACGGAGCUCAAUCUUGACGCGCCCCUCGAAGAAAGGCAACCCAUCAAACAACGCAACGACGCAGAGCUCGGACGAACCAAGAAGAGGAGGUGCCCACAACUACGAAGUUGGCGCUGGACGAGGAAGAGGAGAGCCGCGCAGCAACACUUGGGUAAGAAGACCCACCAACUAUGACGAAAAGGCGUUCUCAGGAGAGCUCCCGAACACGGUGAAUCUUAAAGACGACGUCCCUAAUGAGCCAAAAGAGGGAGCCGAGCCGAGCGGCACGGCAAAACCCGCAAAUCCUCCCCGACAAGACGAUAACACCAAGCGCGAGAGGAGAGGCGAACCCGAAGAGCGACCCGAGCCGAGACAAAGGAUCAACAUGAUCAUGGUGUCUUCCAUCAAGGCUUAUCAGCGCCGAGCCGAAGCGAAGGAAAAUUGGACAGAACCGACCGAUAUUCCGAAUACGGUGAUCUCCUUCGCCGAAGAGGAAAUGGCAGGGAUAGAUAGACUGCACAACGAUCCACUAGUGAUCGAAUUGACGAUCAGAGACCACGAUGUAGCAAGAGUGCUCAUCGAUACUGGGAGCUCGGUAAACAUCAUUUUUAGGGAGACACUCAGAAGGAUGGGAAUCGAUCUCUCCGAGGUGACGGCGAUCCCCAAACCUCUAACCGGAUUUUCUGGAGAAACAACGAUAACUAUAGGCACAAAUAGGCUCCCUGUGGUAGCAGGCGGGGUCACUAGGAUCGUCGAAUUCUGCGUCACCAAUCACCUAGCAAUCUACAAUGUGAUUAUGAGAACUCCAUGGAUCUAUGCGAUGAGGGCUGUCCCUUCCACCUAUCACCUCUGCCUCAAAUUCUCGACUCCAGCUGGCAUCAAAACAAUUUGGGGAAACCUGAGGGAGUCACGAAUGUGUUGCUUGACGGAGUACAAGUUGAGGAACCCCGUCACCGAUGCACGAGCAGACGUAGAUCGCAAAAAGCUGAAGACGGACCGAGAGCCUGCGAACGAGCUCUCGAAACUCUUAUAG